GUGGCGGUAAAGUUUGCACGCCUGGCUGUCUCGUUUGAAAGCAUCAGAAAAGCCCUUCUGCACACACAAGCCGAUUGCAAUGGGGGCCCUGGAGGUUAUUGGAUUGUGUAUGCUUUCCUUUCUCCUCUACUCCGGCAACACCAUGGCUAAAGCUAGUCAAGAUGUUGACGAAUGUGUUGAUGGGACUGACAACUGCCACAUUGAUGCCAUCUGCCAGAACACUCCCAAAUCAUACAAGUGCAUCUGCAAAUCUGGCUAUACCGGGGAUGGGAAACACUGCAAAGAUGUUGAUGAAUGCGAGCGUGACGACAAUGCCGGCUGUGUCCAUGAAUGUGUCAAUAUCCCAGGGAAUUAUCGAUGUACCUGCUAUGACGGCUUCCGCCUGGCACAUGAUGGGCAUAACUGCCUUGAUGUGGACGAGUGUGCAGAGGGAAAUGGUGGCUGCCAGCAGACUUGUGUCAACAUGAUGGGGAGCUACGAGUGCCACUGCCGCGAUGGAUUUUUCCUGAGUGAUAACCAGCAUACCUGCAUCCAGCGCCCAGAAGAAGGAAUGAACUGCAUGAACAAGAACCAUGGUUGUGCCCACAUCUGUCGGGAAACCCCAAAAGGUGGCAUUGCCUGUGAAUGCCGACCUGGUUUUGAGCUCACCAAAAACCAACGAGACUGCAAGUUGACCUGCAACUAUGGUAAUGGAGGGUGUCAGCACACUUGUGAUGAUACAGAUCAAGGGCCAAAGUGUGGUUGCCAUGUCAAGUUUGUGCUACAUUCUGAUGGGAAGACAUGCAUAGGGGAGAGGCACCUCCAGCAGCACGUUACCCCCCAGACGUUUUCUAAUGAGACUUGUGCUGUCAACAAUGGAGGCUGUGACAGUAAAUGCCAUGAUGCAGCGACCGGUGUGCACUGCAGCUGCCCAAUGGGAUUCAUGCUCCAACCUGACAGGAAAACAUGUAAAGAUAUUGAUGAAUGCCGGCUGAAUAAUGGUGGCUGUGAUCACAUCUGCAGGAACACAGUGGGAAGUUUUGAGUGCAGUUGUAAAAAGGGAUAUAAGCUGUUGAUCAAUGAAAGGACCUGUCAAGAUAUUGAUGAAUGCUCCUUUGACAGAACCUGUGACCACAUCUGCAUAAACACACCAGGGAGCUUCCAGUGCCUGUGUCAUAAAGGCUACACGCUGUACGGGCUCACCCACUGUGGAGAUGUUGAUGAAUGUAGCAUCAACCGAGGAGGCUGCAAGUUUGGCUGUGUAAACACCCCUGGCAGCUAUGAAUGUACCUGCCCUGCUGGCUGCAAACUUCACUGGAAUAAAAAGGAUUGUAUAGAGCUGGUAAUAUGUUUGGCUGGUGCAGUAUCUCCACGGGCCACACUUACCUGCAACAAGAAUGGGAAGAAGGACAGCUGCUCUCUCACCUGUGCCUCCAAGGCUCGCUUUCUGCCAGAGUCUGACAACAGCUAUACAGUGAGCUGUGGGACCCCAAUCCUGCGACAGGGACCUCCACAGAGGUCCAGUAAUGGCAGUUAUCCAUGUGUUGAGACUGUUGCUGCACCAAUCAAACAAAAGGCUUCCUUCAAGAUCAAAGAUGCUAAAUGCCACCUGCACCCACGGAUGAAGGGCAAGCAGGAUGAGGUGGGCAGGAAUGGUGCCCCAGGUGGAGCAACCCCAUGCUCAGAUUGCCAGGUGACUUUUGUGAACCUAAAGUGCGACUCCUCAAAGAAGGGCAAAGGACGCCGGGCUCGCAACUCUCCCAACAAGGAGGUGACUCGCAUCACACUGGAGUUUGAAGCUGAAAUCAAACCAGAAGAGAUCACAGCCAGCUGCAAUCUGAACUGUGUGCGGCAGAAGGUGGAGAAAAAACUGAAGUCAGCCAUCAAAGUCCUGAAGAAAUCCAUAAACCAGGAACGGUUCCUGAUCCGCUUUUCAGGGAUGGAGUACGAACUGGCCAGGAAGCUGAGCUUGGCUUCUGAGAGGCAGGAAAGUUGUGGGCCAGGACAGCAGAGGCUGGGAUCCAAGUGUGUUAGCUGCCUGCAAGGAACGUAUUACCACGGCCAGAUGGAACAGUGCGUCCCUUGCCCUCCAGGGACCUACCAGGAGAAAGAAGGCCAGCUUUCCUGUGACCUUUGCCCUGGAAGUGAUGCUUAUGGGCCAGCCGGAGCAACAAAUAUAAGCAGCUGUGCAGGUCAGUGUCCCCCAGGCCAGUACUCUGUGGAUGGCUUCAAACCCUGCCAGCUAUGUCCACGUGGCUCCUACCAACCAGAAGCUGGGCGAGCUUUGUGCUUCCACUGUGGUGGAGGGCUGACCACCAAACACGAGGGAGCGUUUUCCUUCCAGGACUGUGACACUAAAGUUCAAUGCUCCCCAGGCCAUUAUUAUAACACCAGUGUCCAUCGCUGCAUCCGUUGUGCUGUAGGCACCUACCAGCCAGACUUCCGUCAAAACUACUGCAUCACGUGCCCUGGGAAUACCACCACGGACUUUGAUGGCUCAACCUCAGUAUCACAGUGCAAAAAUCGUCAAUGUGGAGGGGAGCUGGGUGAAUAUACUGGUUAUAUUGAGUCUCCCAACUACCCUGGAAACUACCCUGCAAACGUGGAGUGCACUUGGAAUAUCAACCCACCUCCAAAGCGCAAGAUUCUCAUUGUGGUGCCUGAAAUCUUCCUGCCAUCUGAGGAUGAAUGUGGGGAUGUUCUAGUCAUGCGGAAAAACUCCUCUCCCUCUUCUAUCACAACCUAUGAGACAUGCCAGACAUACGAGAGACCCAUAGCUUUCACUGCAAGGUCCCGAAAGCUGUGGAUCAACUUCAAAACUAGUGAAGCCAACAGUGCCCGAGGCUUCCAGAUCCCCUAUGUCACUUACGACGAGGAUUAUGAGCAGCUGGUGGAGGAUAUUGUACGGGAUGGCAGGCUAUAUGCAUCUGAAAACCAUCAGGAAAUACUGAAGGACAAGAAGCUGAUCAAAGCUUUCUUUGAUGUGUUGGCUCACCCACAAAACUAUUUCAAGUACACAGAGAAGCACAAGGAGAUGCUGCCACGUUCCUUCAUCAAACUCCUCCGCUCCAAAGUCUCCAGCUUUCUCAGGCCUUACAAAUAGCCUCGUGGUGCUUUCAUCAGCCUUCCAGGCUCCUCCACAACCAAGAAAACUUUCUCUUACACUUAUUCCUAUUUUUCAAUGACUUUUGUUACAAAUACAACCC